GUUUAAAGUAGAUAUGAGCAAAUGAACUCCUCGGCCUGCCCUGUACUGGCUUGGAGAGCUGUGGUACCACUUGAACAGUAUCGCUUCAGUGCUGACUUGCUUUGCCGUGUUCAAUUCGUGGUGGGCGUUUAUCGAGAUCUUUUCAUGUUUUCUGUGUGGUGCAUAGUUCUAGAACAGUAAGCUGUCGAUUUACUAGAUAACUAUUAUUUUCAAUAUUUUCAUUCCUGGGCGAAGGAAGGCUCUGUCUAGCCUUGUCAACUGACGAACAGCGAACAUCUGAAAAUGCCUCAAACCCCACAAGCUCCACCACAAGAGGACCAAGAAAAGCUUCUUGACGAUGCCUCGGGCGUCGUCAAGGUUCAAGCAUUCCACAUGAAGCGUUGCCUCGACAAGAGCAAGCUUAUGGAAGCAUUGAAACAUGCCUCAAACAUGCUCGGUGAAUUGCGCACCUCCCUUCUGAGCCCCAAGAGCUACUAUGAGCUGUAUAUGGCAGUCACUGAUGAGUUAAGGCAUCUAGAGAUUCACCUCCUAGACGAAAUUCAGAGAGGACGGAAAAUGUCCGAUCUCUACGAGCUCGUCCAGUAUGCUGGGAACAUCAUCCCUCGUCUAUACCUGCUCAUUACUGUGGGCCUUGUUUAUAUGAAGUCCAAUGAGCACUCGAAGAAAGACAUUCUCAAGGACCUGGUAGAGAUGUGUCGUGGCGUGCAACAUCCUCUGCGAGGGCUGUUUCUGCGCAACUACUUGCUUCAGUGCACACGCAAUAUUCUUCCAGACAGUGAAGAGGAGCAGCUGCUGAAUGAGGCCAACUUGAAUGCGGAUGGUGCCAAGGUUGAGCUGCUGAUGUACUCGAGGGAAAGCGAUGUGAGCGGGACAGUGAAGGACUCUGUGGAUUUUGUGCUGCUCAACUUUGGCGAGAUGAACAAGCUGUGGGUGCGGAUGCAGCACCAGGGCCAUUCGCGAGACCGCGAUCGACGAGAGAAAGAGCGCCAGGAACUGCGCUUACUUGUCGGCACCAACUUGGUGCGUUUGUCACAGCUGGAUGCUGUUGAUAUGGACCGCUACAAAAAGGUGGUCCUUCCUGGCAUCCUGGAGCAAGUCGUGAGCUGCAGGGAUGCCAUUGCCCAAGAGUACCUUAUGGAGUGCAUCAUUCAAGUUUUCCCAGACGAGUUUCACUUGCAAACCCUAAGCAGCUUUCUCAAGGCCUGUGCCGAGCUACGGCAGCAAGUGAAUGUCAAGAACAUCAUCAUUUCCCUGAUUGACAGGUUAGCGUCAUAUGCAAUGAAGGAGGAUGGACCAGGCAUUCCAAGUGACAUAAAGCUAUUUGACAUAUUUUCUGACCAGGUGGCACAAGUAAUACAGACAAGACAGGACAUGCCUGCUGAAGAUAUAGUGUCCCUGCAAGUGUCACUGCUUCAUCUGGCCCUCAAGUGCUACCGAGAAAGGGUGGACUAUGUCGACAAAGUGCUCCAAACAACUGAAGAAAUCUUCACAAAGAUGGGCAUAACCAGGGUUGAGUUCUUGAAACCUGUGGGCAAAGAACUGGUGCGACUUCUGAAGAUUCCGGUGCAGUCGUACAAUGAUCUCCUCACUCUGCUGCAACUUAGUCACUUUGGAAGCCUUCUGCAGCUUUGUGACUUCCGGGGCCGCAAAGUGAUGGCCUGCUUCCUCGUUAACAGCGCCCUUGAGAACGACACACUCAUCCGAACUCCAGAGCAGGUGGACCAGGUGCUCACCUUGAUCAGUCCCUUGGUUCAAGACCAACCGGACCAGCCAGACGAAGAGGAAGACCCAGAGGACUUCUUGGAAGAGCAGGUGCUGGUGGGGCGCUUCGCCAACCUCAUGGUGGCUGACUCUGCGGACCAGCAGUACCUGAUCGUGAUGACAGCCAGGAAGCACUUUGGCAAUGGAGGCAACAAGCGUAUCCGCUACACCUUGCCUCCGCUUGUGUUCCAGUCGUACCAGCUGGCUUUCAAGUACCAUUCUCUGUGUGAUCAGGAUGACAAGUGGGAGAAGAAGGUCAACAAAAUAUUCAAGUUUUGCCAUCAGACGAUCAGUACCCUCAUCAAAUGUGAAAUGGCUGAGCUGCCUCUGCGCCUUUUUCUCCAAGGAGCCUUGGUCGCUGGACAAAUCAAGUUUUCUCUCUUUGAAACUGUGGCCUAUGAAUUCAUCUCUCAGGCCUUUUCACUGUAUGAGGACGAGAUCUCGGACAGCAAAGCGCAACUGUCGGCAAUCACCUUGAUCAUGGGCACGAUCGAGCAGACAAGCUGUUUUGGAGAGGAGAACCACGAGCCGCUGCGCACCCAGUGUGCUCUGGCAGCGUCCAAGCUGCUCAAGAAGCCUGACCAGUGCCGUGGGGUUGGCCUCUGUUCACAUCUCUUCUGGUCUGGCAAGACACAGGAAACUGGUGGCGAGGAGAUGCACGACAGCAAGCGUGUUGUGGAGUGCCUCAAGAAAGGACUUCGCAUUGCCACGCAAUGCAUGGACUCGUCGGUUCAAGUUCAGCUGUUUGUCGAGCUGCUCAACUACUACAUUUACUUUUAUGAAAAGGGCAACGAGCAGAUCAAGGCUGACACUAUUAGUCAACUUAUUGGAAAGAUCAGGGAGCAGCUCCCCCAGCUGGAAGCCAACGAGGAAAGCGACCAAAUCAAUAAGCACUUCCAGAAUACACUGGAUCACCUUCGCAUGUGUAUGGAGUCGCCCGAUGCAGACGGACCAUCAUAUGCAGGCCUCUCUCUGUGAGGUGCAAGCUUAGAACCUGAGCACCUAUGAUGUGUCAUCACCACAUUCAGGAAAAAGUGCUUGAUAUCCUGCUAUCUUCAAGGGCUUGUCCACUAUGUGUUGCCUGUAUUUUCAACCUUUGGGUUAGCUGUCUUGUCUGUACAGUCCUCCAUACCAAUGAGAUGAAGAAUGCAGGGUUUGAUCCAAGCUUUCGUUAUAUAGUACAGAAUAUUAUGAAUACAGAAACAUUUAGUAUUGUAAAUCAUUGAGGAACCGUCGUAAUGGUUUGUGAUUUUACACCACAAAAUGCCAUUUGCUGGAAUUGCAAAAUUUCUAGAUUUUUCCUUCUUUCUAUUAUGUAUAUUUGUCUGUACAGUCAUUUAUGUUCUUGUAUUCAAACAGAAUAAAAUGUGACUCUAUCCACUUUAA